CGUGCUCAAUGUCAGAACAGCGCGUCUCCCUCCGCCGGCCAGCCAAUCACAACCGAGAACGGGCACAGAGACGCUCGCGCACACACACACGCAGGACACCAAAGAAGCGUGACAGUGUGGAGAGAGAGAGUGGUAGAGAGAGAUAGAGAGAUACUGUGUAAUAGAGCGUGGGAGAGAGAGAUAAUUUGAAAUAGGGAGACAGAGAAACUGUGUAGUAGAGAGUGGUAGAGAGAAAAUGAGAGAGAGCUAACGUGUGACUGAGAGAGAGAGAGAUAGAGAAAGAUAGAGAGAUACAGGGUGAGUGAGAGAUAGAGAGUUAUAGAGAGAAAGAGAAACACAGAGAGUGAGACACACACAAGAACACAAACAGAGGGCGGGGCACCUGAAAGCACCUGAGAUACGUGCUCGUGCUCGCGCCAGUCAAAGCAGCUCCGUGCGCGCGCGCAGACAGUACACUGCAAUUGUUGAGCUCUACUGUACUGUACAGCACUGUGCACGCCUGAGCUCACACACGUCAGCGCGAGGUCCACCUGAGGAACACCAGCAUUGCUUCUGGUCCUGGUCCCUGUUCUGGAUUGCAUCACCUGACUCUUUGAUCUGUGAUUGAUCACACCUGUAUGGAUACAGAGCUCCUGUCUCGCGACUAACACACGAACCUCCUGCAGUCACACGAUGGACAAUAGUCCAGGCAGCGUUAUUUUGUAUGCCAGCUCCACGGGCAGUGCCAGCCCUGGCAGCCCUGGCAGCCCCUCCAGUGGGUAUCAGACCCAGUCGCCCUCGUCCCAUUCUCAGCCCUCGUCUCCAGAGGAGGUUUCUCUAACGGAGAUCGGCCCCCUCAAGCAGCGAGGGUCCGGCAGCAAUGCCAGCUCAGGGGUGGGCACGCCACCCUCACCCAAACUGGUCUUCCAGUUCCCGGAAGUCAGCAGCACGCCCGCAGUCCACUCCGUCAGCCCGCCGGUGACCACCACGGGUCAGAACACGUACUCACACCCGCUGGUGGGGAAGAGGCCGUGCGGGUUCACAGGAACUUUUACAAAAACUGGUGGGAUGGUGCUACUCUGUAAAGUAUGUGGAGAUAUCGCAUCUGGGUUCCACUACGGAGUCCAUGCCUGUGAAGGAUGCAAGGGGUUCUUCAGGCGCAGCAUCCAGCAGAACAUCCACUAUAAGAUGUGCGUGAAGAACGAGAACUGUCUUAUAAUGAGGAUGAACCGGAACCGGUGUCAGCACUGCCGCUUCAAGAAGUGUCUCUCCGUCGGCAUGUCCAGAGACGCUGUUCGUUUCGGACGAAUCCCAAAGCGAGAGAAGCAGCGACUGCUGGACGAAAUGCAGAGCUACAUGAACAGCCUGAACGAAUCAGCGUCUAUGGACAUCGACGCGACCACGCCCACAGAGUCCCCACCCAGUCCCAGAGAGGGCCAGUCGGAGGAGGCCUUGUCUCAAGGGGGUGUGUCUCAAGCCUACUGCAACAUCUUCAUCAACGGGGAGGAGAAAUUGGUGAAAAUCAGCGAUAACAACAACAGCAUCAACAUCAACACCAACAACAACAACAACAGUGGCAGCAGCAACGGUGGCAGUAACCCCUCGUCCUUCCGGAACAUGUCGCCCCAGGACUCCGCCUACGCUCCGCCUCAUUCCCACGCCCCCGCCCCACCUCAGACAUACCCCACCCACUCCUUGCCCAUGACGAAUUACAAGUCCCAGGCCAGAUGCCCGGUUUCUCAUCACGACAGCAACCCAGCGAACCAGCAACCUGUCGACAACAGCCGCUAUAGUUACCCAGCGCCGACCAGUCAGAGCCAAGGGACUCCUCCCUCUCAAAGCUACCCAGCCAGUAACAACAGCUAUCCAGCCGCGGAGACCAAGGGUCAGACGUCCUGCCCCUGGAGACUGGCUGGAGGAGCCAAAGUUUUGGCGUGCCCACUGAACGCGUGCCCGGUGUCGGCGGCGGGUACCAGCAGUCAGCAGGUGUGGGAGGCGUUCUCGCAGUGCUUCACUCCUGCCGUUAAAGAAGUGGUGGAGUUCGCCAAGAGCAUCCCCGGCUUCCAGGCUCUGAGUCAGCACGAUCAGGUCAUGCUGUUGAAGGCCGGAACCUUCCAGGUUCUGAUGGUUCGGUUCUGCUCACUGUUUGAUGCUAAAGAGCGAACUGUGACGUUCCUGAACGGGCAAAAGUACCCUCUGGCGUCGUUACGGGCGCUGGGAAUGGGCACCCUGCUGGACGCCAUGUUUGAGUUCAGUGAGAAGCUGGGCAGUAUGGGGCUGGAGCCAGACGAGAUGGCGCUGUUCAUGGCGGUAGUGCUGGUGUCGGCAGAUCGCUCUGGUAUCUCGGACAUGGCGGCUGUGGAACAGCUUCAGGAGGACCUCAUUGGUGCUCUGCGGGCGCUCAUCAUGCGCCGGCGGCCUGAAGACAGCGCCCUCUUCCCCAAACUGCUCCUGCGCCUGCCGGACCUCCGGACCCUCAACAACCUGCACUCCGACAAGCUGCUGGCCUUCCGGAUCGACCCCUGAAUGGGAGACGGCCCAUCCGAACAACCAGCUUCGGCAGCAGGCUGCUGACUGAACCAUGAGGUUGGGGAACGCUUACGGACAGAGGCGCUGAUCCGUAAACUGAUCCAGAGUUACCUCAGGCACUCCACACACUCUAUAUUACACACUAUCAGCAGAACCAGCAAAGACUGCCUGCAGGGCAGCGCUCCAGUGUUGGAAACAGGGAACCCUACCAGACCAUUGACUCUCUCUGAUUGAAUUGAGUGUAACUGAUGGAACUGAGGACACUGAGGAAGUGAGCACUGAAUGACUGGAAGUUGUCAAAGGCUCGUUCCACACUGGUUCUUCCCAUCCUGAUUCCUGAUUUCUGGUUCUCUACUGCCCUACCCAUUAUUACAUUUACAAAGCCACCUUUGUUCCUCCACGCUCUCCUGGUCUUCGGUUCUUGCCUUCUUGCCCACAUUUCAGCCUACAAUUGUCAACGUACCCUGCAUUUCCUUUCUGAACUGUCUUCCUGCACUUUGCCUGACCCUGUUCACCCCAGUAAGCUCCAGUAAGCUCAAAGAAACCUUGGGUAAACCUCCAGUAAAGCUCCAGCAGCCUUGGACACCUUUGAGCUACUUCGGUUGAGCUACUUCAAUCGAACAAACAAACAAAUCUGCAGCAGCUGAAAGGUGUUAAUCUCAUUUUAACACCAGACACUGACCAGAAACUUGGGCACUACAGAAGCUACAGUAACUGUUUGUUUGUGGCUAUUUUUAUGGCCAAGAGCACACCCUGGUGGACCCAAGACGCAUUGCAAUUGAUCAUAUCAUUUACCUUUUUACCUUUUUUUUCUUCAGUGUCAAAACUAUUAAACGUUUGCAUCAGCAAAAUAUUUGCGUGCAGCAAUAACUUCAUUCCUCACACACUGUACUUACUGUAUUAACAGUAGAUUGAACAGUUGUUGAAAAAAAAAGAGAAUUUGCUAGUAGGGUUGCGUCAGUCAAACUGUGUAUGAAAUGAAGAAAUAUGUACUAUAUUAUAUAUUUGAGACGUUUGCUUGAUUUGUUUCAUGAAUCACUGAAUUCAACUGUAUGAUCUUUGUAUGGUUUUAACAGGGACGUCGUCGUAUGUUGUGUCUUUUUCUUUUUUUUUACGUACGAGACACAGCGAAAUUUGUGUAACAAGGAUUGAGUUCUCAUGCUGUACAUAUUGUAUCUACGUUAUUUACUACGUUAACUACUCUGGAGGAGUAUAUCGUACUUUGUGAUAUGAUGUAUAUGAUUUGCAGUAGUAAAAAUUGCAAAGGAACCCUCGUUUUUGUGGAGGAGUCUCUUUUGUACGGACGGACGAGUCGAAUGGACCUAAUGUUCUUCCUCAACAUCAGUUGAAUUCUACACUAGUUCGAUAAUGGCACUCACUUCCAUAUAAAGGCAUGUAAAGGGUGAGAACUUUGUGAGAAUCUGUUCAGCGACGCCUUCUAUGAAUGUCAUGUCUACAAGAUUUUAUGAUCAGAUUCGUAACCAUUUCAUAGUUCAUGAAAAGUGUGGGAUUGGUUGUAGUGAUAUUCAGAAGGAAGAUUUUUUUUUUUUUACCAGGAAAGUUACCAGGAACAAUAAUGAUUCAAAAUUUAGAGAUGAUUAUAUAUUACAUACAGAAGUAGAGUUUAACACAACCUGCCAGAUGUCUCGGCAUGGAGUUGUAGAAGUUCCUAACGGUGUCCUGCGAUAAUCCAUCCCAUGCAGCUUGAAUAUUCCCACUCGGUUUCUGCAGAUUUUGUAGAAGGGGUGGAAUGUUGAUGGUGCAUCCAAUAGCAUUUAAUAGCUGGUUGAGAAGCAGCACAUGGACGAGCAUUGUACUGUUGAAACAUUGGGCUAAAUGCCUGUAAUGAAGACCAAAAUUCAAAUUUACACCCCACACCAUGAAACCAGGCCUUCUGGACAUGUGACAAAAAACUGCUCAUCAUGGAUGAGCAUUGUGCUUUUGGAACAGCACUAUAAUUAGUUGCAUUAUAAUGCAAGGGUUAUGAAUGUGUGCAUAGAAUCAUGAAUACAGUACAUAAAUACAUUCAUAGAAAGUGUUUCUAGACAGUGAAGUCUUCAGCUCACCUCAUAUUCGGAUGUAUGAUGUAUAUUUUGUAAAGCUGUUAUGUUUAUCAUCUCCCAUAGAAAUGAAAUAUGAUAUUAAACCAGAUCACUUUACGAA